AAAAAGAUGAAGCCUGGUGUCGCACGAACGUUUGCCGUCAUGCACGGUUCUGUGUCCAGGAUGUCUGAGCGAAUGCUUAACGAGCUGCGACGUCACAAUUAUGUGACUCCAACUAACUACCUCGAGCUCGUCAGUGGCUAUAAAAAAAUGUUGCUGAGUAAGCGAAUAAAACUGAGUGACCAGGCAAACAAAUUAAAGAGUGGUCUGGGGAAGAUCGAUGAAACGAGGGAAAAGGUGCAAGACAUGUCUGUUGAAUUGGAGGAGGCCAGAGUGAAGGUUGCUGCCUUCCAGAAAGAAUGUGAUGACUACUUGGUCAUUCUAGUUGAACAGAAACGUGAGGCUGAUGAGCAGGCUAAGGUUAGUCUCGAUCUUCUCCAGAAGAUCAAAGUCGAUGAGGUCAAGUGCUUGAAAAUGGCCGAGGUCGCACAGGCUGAUCUGGCCCAAGCUAUGCCCGCCUUGAAUGCUGCCAUUGAGGCCCUGGCAGCCCUGAAUAAGAAGGAUAUCAGCGAAAUCAAGUCCUACGGCAAACCACCAUAUUUGGUCCAAAAGGUAAUGGAAGCUGUUAUGAUCCUUCGAGAAUCGGACCCCAGUUGGGCAGAGGCGAAGAAACAGCUUGGCGAACAGGACUUCAUUGACCAACUGGUCAACUUUGACAAGGACAACAUCAGUGACAAGACUCUGAAAAAGAUCAGCAAUUACUGCGCUCAGGACGAUUUCAUGCCAGACGUGGUCGGCAAGGUGUGUGUCUGUCUGCUUACUACUGGGUUUGUACACUUCCCUUGCGAUGUGUGA